UCAAUGGUGUUUUAUACUAGUAUCGGCCUGCAGUAGGUCAGGGGACAUCAUGUCUCUCGUAAGGUGUAUAUUCUUUAUCUUCUUAAUGACAGGAAUAGACACAUCGCAAUUAAGUAUUCGGCCUUCCGCAGAUGUACCAACUGGAACAAAUACACUGACAAUAUCUUGUUAUCCUACGCUCGCCGAUGACUUUGCCACAUUACAAUAUUUAUGGAUACAGAAAGACAACGGGACAAAAUCGAUAGCGUGGGUAGAUCCUUACAGGCACACAUUAGAAUCCGGCAUCUUCGAACCUAAUUAUAAAGUUAGGGCUCGUUGGUUUGCAAACCGGCCACUAGAUUCAUAUUUAGAAGUAGAGAUUCACUACCCAGACCCUCGACAUGCUGGCGACUAUAACUGUAUAGUUCGUGGAUAUAAACGCAACGAAGAAGUUAUGACAGACGAAAGAUACGACAAGGACGUUACGUUUAAAGGUGUUGUAACCACUGGUUUGUAUGUAACACCGUCGCCACAUUUACAAGAAGGUGAUUCAUCUCUAACUAUUAGAUGUUCGUCAACUUAUGAAUCCGAGUACAUGAAAAUAUACAGUCUUUAUAUACUGAAGAACAAAACAACUGAGGUUGCACACACAAACAGGUUUGGUCAUGUUUCUGGGCCAGGAUUUGACAGCCCUAAAUAUACAGUAACUAGUCAGUUUGAUGAGGACGCCCCUUGGAAUUCUUACAUACAAAUCAUAAUCAAUAAUCCGAACUGUACUGAUGCUGCUAUAUAUGAAUGUGUUACAUCUGGUGAUGCACGUGUUGGACCUGAUAGUUAUCGAUAUAACCAAACAAUUACAAUUCGAGGUAACAUGUCAAUGGCAAUCAGCCCCAACAGAAGAUUCCUCAACAUCAACGAAACUCUAGAAAUAGAAUGCAGUGGUGAAGUGGGAAAUCCUCCACAAAAUAUAUCUUGGGAAUGGAAACUACCGGAUAGUAAUAACUGGGUUCCCUAUCCUAGUUCUUCUGAUAUAAGAGACGGUGAUGUCAUUCCCCCUAAUUCUACAAGAUGCAAUUAUUUUACAAGAAGUUCUUUAAGCUACAAGGUUAAAGAAGGGGAUAAUGGUAAAGAGGUCAGGUGUAUUGUAGAAGAUGUGGACGCACUGAGUGUAAAGACGACUAUUGAAUUAGCCAUUGUUGACGCGACACGAAUUCAUAUUUCACCAUCAACGAAACUUCCAGUUGGGGCUUCAUAUUUAACUAUAAACUGUUCACCAAUAGAAACAAGCGGUUAUACUUCGCUGGAAUAUAUAGAGAUAACAAGACGUUCUGUAAGUUCGCCUGAACGUAUAGCUUUUAUUACGUCUUCUGGUAUAACUCAUGGUCCUGGUUUGACACAACCCAAGUACAACAUCAGUGGGGAGUUUAUUGGAAUAACAGAAUCAUAUCUGCAGAUCGAUGUAGUGAACCCCGAUUGUAUGGAAGUAGCUGAGUACCAGUGUAUUACGGUGGGAAGUUCUGGUUCGGAGACUCAACGUCUACAAGCUACAGUCACUGUUACCUUUGAACGUCCUUUAACAAUGACAACCAGUCCUAACAGAAGAUUCUCUAACAUCAACGAGACUUUGGAUAUAGAAUGUAAUGGUGAAGUGGGAAAUCCCCCACAAAACAUUACCUGGGAAUGGAAAUCCACUGAUGGUGACUGGGUUGUUUAUCCUAAUAUGGAAAGCGUAAACAAUAGCAUCAUUGAAGCACUAACAUCUACCACUUGUGAAUAUUUUACAAGAAGUAUCUUAAAGCAUAAAGUAGUAACUGAUGACAAUGGAAGACUUUUCAGAUGUACAGUCGGUGGUCCAGAACCAGCUAAUAGGACGACAACAAUAUAUUUAGCCAAUGUGGAUGCCGCACGUGUUGAGGUAACACCAAUAGACAGUUUACCAGUCCGAGCAGCGAAUGUAACAAUAAAAUGUUCUGCUAUUGAAACAUCAGACUUUACAUCCCUGAACUACAUCCAGAUACUAAAACACAAUCCAGAAUUUCCAACAAUCUUAGCAUCAAUAUCUGCAGCUGGAGCUACUCUUGGAUCUGGAAUUAUUCAACCCAAAUAUAAUAUUAGUGGAGAAUUUAAAGGAAUCAGGGAAUCAUAUGUUCAACUGGUUAUAACCAAUCCUGAUUGUACAGAUGCUGGUCAGUAUAUCUGUUCUACUAAUGGUGUUACCGAUGAUGGUAAUCAAACUCUACAAGCCAAUACGGUUGUUAAUGUUCAGACUGAAGCCAGAGACCUUGACAUAAAGAGAGAACCAGAAAUGCCGUUCUACUCACGUGGCACCACGAUAACCCUAGAGUGCAGCGGAUAUACAGGAACUUAUCAAGAUCAGUGGUCGUGGGUGUAUUCGAAAUAUUAUACACUCUCCAAUUAUAUAUCCCAGUCUAACAUUCCACCACUCUCUGAUCAACAAGACGUAGUGAACCAGACAUCAUAUAAUCCACAAUGCGGUAACUUUUCACGCACAUCGUUGACUUAUGUGAUAAGGGAUGAUGACAAUGCCCUGCGAUUUACAUGUAAACUUGGACAGUCGACUUCCCAUUCAAAGAGUAUUAGCAUCUGCAUUGGAGCUGAUCCCCAAAAGCUAAAGAUGUUAUCAAUCCCAGAAAGACAUGUGCAUACUAUCAAUUAUCCAGUAGAAAUUACGUGUUCGGGACAGGUAGGAGUUCCCUUAAAGAAUUGGACAUGGCAGUGGCGAGACGAUCCGUUGAAUAAAACGUGGCUGCCUUAUCAAUAUCCAGAUAACAUUAACAAUGUGUACAGCUCGCGCAACUUUGAUUGCGACUCGUUCACCUACUCAACUUUGAAACAUACCAUGACCGAAAGAGGAAUAGAGUUCAAAUGUAUUUUAGGAGAUUCCGAGGCCUACAGUUUGACAACUACUCUUUAUCCUAAAGUGAUCUCGUCCGGUCAAUUACAAAUUCAAAAUUUACCAGGCGCCGAUAACAAAAACCGAAAAUUUAAAUUGAGAUGUUCACCGCAAGUCGAUGGUGGUUAUACAAGACUAGACUCAAUAUGGAUUACACGUAAUAGACGCAACCAAGGGAGGUUCUGGAAAAUUGAUAAAUUUGGGCGUUCAUCAUCUUAUGAAGGGGUUACUGUCACGGGUUCCUUUGACAUAGCAGCACCACUAAAUUCGUAUCUAGCAAUUGAAUACAGUCCGUCGUGUGGAGUCCACGACCAAUAUGUGUGUACUACAACCGGGAGCAUUAACGAUAAACUACAGCGCUUAGAGGAAACUAAAAAUGUCACAGUUGACAUUUUUCCUACCAGUAUUGGUACAAGUAAAAUACCCAACACGUACUUUUCUACAAUCGGCGAUAAUCUACAAUUAAAAUGCGAGGGGGAUAUCGGUAACCCCCCACAAAAUACCUCCUGGCUAUGGAGACCUAAUUCUAACUCUUCAUGGAGGGCUUACGUUCAUUCCGAGGAGGAUAUAUCCACAGCUAUUGUUCGACCGAAACAAGCAGGAUGCCAAUAUUCGACAAGAAGUUUCUUAAGUUAUACUGUGAAAGAUGAAGAUAAUGGUAAACAAUUCCGAUGUACAGCAGCAGGUUUGGAGACGUAUAAUCGGGACAUUACCAUCUAUUUAACUAAUGUUGAUGCCAACCGUAUUUAUAUUUCUCCGCCAGUUUUCAUCCCAAACAAAACUAGGACAUUAACCGUAGAAUGUUCACUAAGCGACCACUCUCGUUACGACACAAUGGAAUCAGUUGAAAUACAGAAACUGCCACUAAAAAUAACAGAAUCUAGUAUUUUGUUAGGGUCUGUAGGCAACGGUACUGCUGUUCUUGGACCGGGGAUAUCACCCAACAAAUAUAGCCUUCAGAUACAAUCAACAAAACCUGGUGUUGCUACUAAAGCAAACUUGACAAUUAAACAACCAGACUGUUCAGAUGCAGGGCAAUACAGAUGUAUCAUAAAGGUUUCGAACGAUGCCGGAAUUCAAAACUUGCAAAGUGAUUUUCACUUAAAAGCAACAGUUGAACCCAGCGACAUGAAAAUGGAGGUGAUUAGAGACACUGACCAUCGUCCAUCGUCAAUUGUAUGUAGUGGAGUUACUAGAAUUAUGAGUGAGGAGUGGCGAUGGGAAUGGCGAUCACCCCCAUCUUACCCCAAUUGGUCAGCCUAUCACAAUAGAAGUGAAAGUAGGAGAACACUCAACAGUAACAACUGUUCUUACUCUACAUGGUCAACUCUAAAGCUGACUACAGACACCGUUACAGAGCUGAGAUGUAUUUUGGGGAAUUCUUAUAAUCAUAGUCUUAAUCUCAAGUUUAACAUGACAGAUAAAGAUAAAGUUGAUGUUAAAGAUAAAGUUGAUGUUGAAGAAUGUUCCAGCUGCGAGUGUAAAUCAAAGAAGUUAUACUCUACUUCCGGUAAUCAUUGUCCGGACUUGUUGAGGCUUUAUAAAGAUUGUUUAUCAAUAGAAGACUUAAAUAAGUUAGGUUGCCCAGAUCCUACUGGAGUUGGUAUAUUGACAUACCCAUCUGUUCUACUGCAUCUCGUCUCGUUUGUGGUGCUCAUCAAUUGUAGUUUAUGACUUAAGAUUAAUUAAUAGAUCAAUACAGAUAUUGUGAUAUGCAAAACGAUUUGCAACUGGAAAGAAACGACACCAAUUAAAGGGGCAUUAUGAAAGAGUAGCUAAAGGGCUGGCAGUUGUCAUUAUAAUAGCUAAAAACUAGAUAAUGUAAAGGGAAUUUGCUGAAAAUUUCAGUCAAAUUGAUCCACUCUGAAGCGAUAUAUUAGCUUUUGAAGUUUAGGCCUAGCCUCGCCCAUCAUUACUAAAUCGGUACGAUAAACAAACAUAGUCUCGGUUAUCCAUUUUUAGAUUACAUCAUCAGUGAACGUUGAGCAGCAAAUCGGAUUCAAAUCCAGUAAAUAUCGCAGGCUAGCGAUGACAUCGAGGGUUGAUUAUGGUCUGGAUAAUAUAAUUAAUGUCUAAUUUAUAAUUUAGAUAACAUUUCAGACCUAAAGACCUGAAGUAGACAGAUUUAGCUUUUGCAUAAUGUAUGUUUAAUGUUAAAAUUAAAAUAAAAUAUAACUAAGCAACAGUUGAUUGAUAAUUCAAUACAGAUAGUGUGCUAGUCAAAUCAGUUUAUAACUGGCAAUUAAUGGUAUUAAUUAAUAUCUUUGAAAGGCAUUUAGUGAAAGUGAUAUAUAACAGACAUCUUGAUGGAUAACAUUCACUAGGUUUAUUAACUACAACGUUUCAAUGAUGAUGCUCUCACCGGUUAUCCGUAAAGCUGUGUGUUUAUUGAUAUUAAUUAAUGUUAAAAUUAUAUAUAAAAUAAAAGAUGCAACAUAUUUACUUGUAAUGUAUCAAUCUAGUUAAAUGUAUGGCGUGUAACGCUCUGGGGCUAGUUACCACCAUUCGGUAAAUCAAUCGUUUCCGCCUAUAGGCCACCCAUUGUCUGUGCUUCGACAACAACUAAUAAUAAAAUGAAAUGGGGUUUAGCGUCUCUUUUUCUCCACAAACUAGGCUAAUAAAGACGGGGGCAAAAGUCAUGUUGUGUGCUAUAAAGGAAACUGUGCCCGCGCAGCGGCGCUACAACCUAUUCCUAUAUUAAAUUCCAACUAUACACGGGACCUAGGCUUUCGUCCCGCCCUGCUCCAUAUUACCAACACACCCGGGGUCGAAUGGUGGUCAUCAUACCUAUCGCCUACAUGUCCUUAUAACAUCUAAAGACGGCUAUAGAGAAGGGACAGCAUGGGGAUGAGGUUUGGG